GGCGCAUGCGCAUCACAAAGCUAGUCAUUUGGCGACGUGUACCCGGUGUGUGGAAGUACUCAGGUGUCUCACCUCCGCCGGGUUGCAGGUUGCCAGAACAACAUAAGAAGGAUCCGAGGACAGAAACCAUGGGAGGAUCACAAAGCGUCGAGAUACCGGGAGGAGGCUCGGAGGGCUACCAUGUUCUCCGCGUUCAGGAAAACUCUCCUGGACACCGAGCAGGACUCGAGCCUUUCUUUGACUUCAUUGUCUCCAUCAAUAACACCAGACUGAACAAGGACAACGACACCUUGAAGGACUUGCUCAAAGCCAGUGUGGAGAAACCAGUCAAGAUGUUGGUUUACUCAUCAAAGACCCUGGAGCUGCGAGAGUGCACGGUGACCCCCAGUAACCUGUGGGGAGGCCAAGGCUUGCUGGGUGUCUCAAUUCGCUUCUGCAGCUUUGAAGGAGCUAAUGAGAAUGUUUGGCAUGUGCUGGAAGUGGAGUCCAACUCCCCGGCAGCCCUCGCUGGCCUGCGACCACACACUGAUUAUAUCAUUGGAGCUGACACUGUUAUGAAUGAGUCGGAAGACUUGUUCUCUCUGAUAGAGAGCCAUGAGGGUAAGGGGCUGAAACUCUAUGUGUACAACACAGACACUGACAACUGCAGAGAGGUGGUCAUUACACCUAACAGUGCCUGGGGAGGGGAUGGCAGCCUUGGGUGUGGGAUUGGCUAUGGAUACCUCCACAGAAUUCCCACUCGGCCUUUUGAGGAAGGGAAAAAGAUCAGCUUCCCUGGAAGUUCUCCUAGUGAGCCUGUCAGUCCGCUGAAGGAUGGAUUCACUGAGGUCCAGCUAUCAGCUGUUACCCCUCCUUCCUCCACACCAUCUGCUCCCUCCGGCCUUGAAGAAUCACUUUCUGGUCUGUCAAUCAGCUCUGCUCUGCCCCCGAUGCCCAGCGAGCUGCAGACAGGUUUGCCAACAGUCCCUCUCCUCCCCUCUACCACCAACCCCUCUCUUACCCCCCUAACUCCACUGAAUCCUGCCGCCACCAGCUUCAACCCAGCCACCACGCUACCAGGUCUGAUGCCCCUCCCAGCUGGAUUACCUCCACUCCCUAACCUUCCCAACCUGAACCUGCCACUCCCAGACCUUAGCGCCGUGUCGUUAGCAGGAACAAGCACCCUGCCAGUGAUGGGCACCACAGUCCCAUCUCUGGGUUCACUGCCGCCCCUGAACCUGCCAGGUCUCGCCCCGUUGCCCCCUCUCCCCACCAUGCUGCCCUCCCAGUUGCCUCCUCUGCUCUCUCAGAGCAUGGCUCCCCUCGCGCCCACCUCCCAUUCAGCCUCUGUCACAGUCACGGCGACGCCAUUGACCAGCUCGGUCGCCGACACCACAGUCCCCACAGAAGCCGUCUCCACCAAGGCCACAGAAUCGCCAGCUUCUGCAGAAACUACGCAAACAUCAUCGUAACUUGGAGGGGGAGGUUUCCUGGUUCCACCAAACUUUUACACACCUGGUUUUUCCUCUUUCUCCCACCUGUCUUUCUGUGUUCUUCUAUUUAUUUGGCCAAAAGAGAGCAGACGAUGAAAGGAUUUCAUUAAAAAAGAAGAAUAUAAAGACAGGACGGUUGUAGGUUGGUCUGCCUAGUGUCGGAUUGUCAUAGAGCAGAGGAACCGGCAGCACUGCAGCUUGCAUGAGCUACUGUAUGACAAAGACAAGGCUGCCGUUUCUGUUUUGCUUUGCACUUCAACAGUCACAACAAGACAGAACUUUGUUAUUUUUCUUUCUGUUUUUUAAAGUAUAUAACCAGUGUAUGUUAAUGGUGCUGGACGAUAAGCAGAUUUUUACUGAACUGCCUACAUUAAGCAAAGGGCUGCACUGCUGUAAUAAGAUAUGUAAACAUGGUGUAGAAUCAGUCUUAUCAUCCAGCUCCAGCCUCUAACCUUUUUUUUUUUUUUUUUUGUUUUAAAUGAUUAUUAUUAGUGGAUAGACCCUCCUGACCAGUAGAGUGGUUAAAUUAACAUCUUUGUUUUUUUGUUUAAGGUUUGGUAUGUCUCCACCUGGUGAAUGAAUCUGCAUUAUUUUGCACCAUGUUUGUGUUUUGGCAUCAUUAGUCCCUUUGUAUGUCUCCAUGUAUAUGCAGAACUCUAUAAUUCAACCAAUUCAGUCACACACAGUCAGCAACAGCCUGAAGGCCGUGCCAGAGGAGACGGGCUGACAUGUACCCGAGCUACUGAGCAGAGUGUGUUUGCUGUGGGGUGAAACAUGGGUGAUGUUAUUUAAUGUGUCUCCCACCACCUUUAGCACGGCCAGAGGGAAAUAGUUGGCAGAAGUGCGAAACAGCCACAAGGUGUCUCUGUAAAAACUUUCUGAACAUGUCUACAGAAUGCACAGUAAGCAAUAAAGCCAAAUGAAUUUUA